AACCACAGGUUAAAAAGGUUUAUUCAUCCCCUCUGUACAAAAGGCAUAAUCUAUAAUAUAAUGAGGUGGGCAGAUUGCGAGCCCGAAUUUAUAUAUUUUUUAAAUGAGUGGACUUUAAUAUUUGCUCUAUGUUCUAUUCUUUAUUGGGCUUUGUGGUAUUUGACCCGGUAAGCAUCAAAUAUUGGAUCUAUGUUUUAUUCUUCGGUGGGAUUCGCAAUAAUUGGCCCUGUCAUCGCCUAGGAUUACGUUCUUCCCUUCGAGAUUCUUCCUGGGACUGAAGUGCUCCCUACUCUCUGCCCAAGCCGCUGUCCCAGUCCUCCCCAACUCCUCCUUCGGCGAUCUCUGUCUUGGCCGCUCUGCUCAUAUGAUUGUUGGCUGCUCCUCCCCUUUGGAUUCACAUAGCAUCAAGAAAAAUGACGUCUCCCAAAGCUCUUACAGAAAAGUCAUAUGCGUUUCCCAGUUGUCAUUCAAUUCAGCAAACCCUAGCUUUCUCACUCGGACUGUUUUUAGCAACUUCCAAGGCACAACACUACAAAGAUGGGUCAGGCUUUUUUCACCUGAUAGUGAACCUGGUGACAGAGUAGAGGCUGAUGAGGCUAUUGCACAAAUUGAAACUGACAAGGUGACAAUAGAUAUUGCUAGCCCAUGGUGUGAUCCAAGAGCUUCUUGUCAAGCAAGGAGAUACUGUAGAACCGGAAAGCAAGGUAGCUAUACAAAAUAGAGAGAAGCAGUAGAAGCAGAGACCUUGGAAUAUAAGAGGUGUAGUUAAACGGAGAAAAGGUAGAUUAAUAUAAGAAAGAAGAGAAUAUAUAUAAAAAGUUAUGUUAUGUAUUUUGCUUGAUGGCUUAAUGUGGGCGUUAAGUAAGAAGAACAGUGAGAUGAAGACGUAUAACAAAUGAGGGAAAAUGGAGAAUCAUGCUCCAUAUUCGCUUUUUUCCCUAUUAUAAAAAAUGGGAAACGACCAUUUCAUAUCCAAAGUAUCACAAUAUUCAAUUCA